UUCUCUGUCAGCAGCAGUACCGUCGUUUAGUUGUAUUAUAAGUUUGGAGCUCCCUCAGCAAAAGGAGGAGAAGAAGAAGAAAACCAGAAGGAAGACGCAGACUGUCCCAUUGCAGUACUCGUGCUUCAACCAUUUGGUUUCGUUUCCUUCCUUCCUACUGAACUGCAUUGCUCUUUGACUGUCUUCCAAGCUCGAUAUAUAGAUCCUCUUCGUUCGUCCUCCGUCUCGCCGGAAGACCGACGCAGCCAUUCUCGUCCGAACCGCUCGGCUUGCCGGACCUCCGUUCGACGUGGACACUUCGUUUCGUUUGAGUGGCAGGCUGAAGAUCAUCAGAAGGAAGAACGAAGACGGAGGUCCAGACUCUUAAUGGCCGGUCACUCUGAGAAUUAGUUCCGACGUGGACACCGGAAGCCUUUGGCUCUUGAUGUAAGCGAAUGGAGGAGAAGGCCGGGAGGGACUAAGUUCUUGUUGUGAUCAGAAGCAGUUAGAAGGCUUUCAAGGUUUUUAAAGGAGAACAGAGGAGGCAGGCGCUGUACGUUAGGGGGAAGGUCGGAGAAGAGAGCGGCCGCAUGGCAGAAAGGGGAGCAGCAGCGUGGUGGAGGAACUCGAGGUGGGCAGCGUUCAUGGCGUUAACCUGCAUGUCGGCGCUGGUCUUGGCCACUUCGGCCGAGCGAAACCUGAUGCUGCGUGAUCGGAGGGCGGCGGCGAGGUCGAAGACGGAGAUGGACGAACUGCAGAGGCUCAUAAAUUUUUUGAGGCAGCCCAAUUUGUCGGAUGUGUACCCACAUGCUUGGCCGGUCUAUUAUGGAUCGUACAUGUCCAACAAUGUGAAGGUUGCACUGGGGACCCUAAUUGGCUUCUUUGGAGCAGCAUUUGGAAGUGUGGGAGGAGUUGGAGGAGGAGGCAUUUUUGUUCCCAUGCUUACCCUCAUCAUCGGAUUCGACGCAAAGUCGUCUACCGCAAUCUCGAAAUUCUUUAUCUUUUCUACCACAGGUAUGAUAAUGGGUGCAGCAGGAUCGACUGUGUACUACAACCUGAAGCUUAGGCAUCCGACGCUGCCACUGCCCAUCAUUGAUUACGACCUGGCCCUGCUCUUUCAGCCGAUGCUUAUGCUUGGAAUCAGCAUAGGUGUCGCCUUCAAUGUGGUGUUUGCAGAAUGGAUGGUUACUGUGCUGCUGAUUUUCAUUUUCAUGGUCACCUCAACGAAAGCUUUCCGCAAAGGCGUUGAAACCUGGAAGAAAGAAACCAAAAUGAAAAAGCUUGCCAGGGCUACUAAAGAAAAUGAAGGGGAGAAACUGGAGUCUGGUGGCAAUGGCAUGAAGACAGAGGGCAAAGAUUCUGGAGAUGAAAGUCUUCCUUUACUAGAGAAUGUCUACUGGAAGGAGCUUCUCAUUCUUAUCUUUGUGUGGAUCGCAUUUCUUAGCUUUCAGAUUUCAAAGAAUUACACAAGAACCUGCUCAACCUUAUAUUGGGUUUUGAACUUUCUUCAGAUCCCCGUUGCUGUUGGCACGACGUUCUUUCAAGCUGUUAACUUGUACAAAGGAAGGAGGACGAUUGCUUCCAAGGGUGAGGAAGCUACAGACUGGAAGACCCAUCAGCUGGUCCUGCAUUGCUGUUUUGGCACUCUGGCUGGUAUAGUAGGUGGCCUUCUUGGCUUGGGAGGAGGAUUCAUCUUAGUUCCUCUGUUUCUAGAGCUGGGCAUUCCUCCUCAGGUUGCAAGCGCUACAGCUACUUUUGUCAUGACAUUCUCCUCAUCCAUGUCCGUUGUGGAGUACUAUCUUCUGAAUCGAAUUCCUGUCCCGUAUGCAUUGUACUUCAUUGCUGUAGCUACGGCAGCUGCAUUUGUGGGGCAACAUGUUGUGAGAAAGUUGAUUAUCGUUUUGGGGAGAGCAUCAAUUAUUAUCUUCAUUUUGGCCUCCACAAUUUUUGUUAGUGCAAUCUCAUUAGGUGGAGUUGGCAUAUCAAAUAUGAUCCACAAGAUCGAAAAGCACGAGUACAUGGGAUUUGAGAACUUGUGCUCAGACAGUGGUUAGCUGCAAGAAUGCCAAAGGAGAAACUGAAACACCUCCUUCACACGGACUCUCACCAUCUUUCAUUUCUGCUCUCCUUCUGGCGGUUCUGCGGUAAAUUUAUCGGUUGGAAAUGAUGGUGAAAAGUUGGUCGUGGUUUGGCCACAAAAUUUUUGGCUGACUUUGUUUAUUUGUCAAUGGCUUGAAGGACUUUCUUUCCUUGGUGCAGUUCAUCAUCUGUCACCAGCUUGAAUUGAACAAAAGGUGAAAAGAAAAACAAAUUUCACCUUUGAAGUUCCUGUUUAUAUUGCAAAAGCAAGUGAAGAACAGUAAACUGUUUGAUUCAGUAAAUGAUGGCACUCAAAAAAAACAUGGAUCAGUUGAACAUAGCA